AAAAAAAAAAAAAGAAAGACACGUAAAGUUAACCGAGUUUCUUCAAUCUGCAACUCUCUGUUGAAAAUUAGGGUUCAGGGAAGAUGGGUUUUUCGUAGUGUUUGAAAACUGUGAAGUCAAGACAAAGAAUGAAGAAGAAAGAAAGUGUGAAUUUUUUGUCUAGAGAAGUACAAAUGGAUUGCAAGAAGAGGAGAAGGACAUUGGAGAAGAAUAAGGGCCUUGCAACUGCUAAUGAAGAAAGUUCAAUUGAUUCUUACAACACCCUUGCAAGACACAUGGUGGAACCAUUUAGUUCAAGGAGUGGUAAUAGAAAAAAAGGACUGGAGCCACUCUGCGAAGAUGUAUACAUUAGUGUGAAGAGUCCAUUCAAUUGUCCUGUACCAGAGGAAGAUGACACUGCGUACAAGUAUUGGUUGGAUUAUGUUUACGUUCCUGAGGAAGACGAGGAUGAUGAUGGUGAUAGCUUAUUGGUUAAUGUGGCUGAGGAACCCCUGACUGGAGAUGUGGCUGAGGAUCCCCAAUACAAAUUAUUUUUGGAUCAUGUGAAGGUUCGUGGAACAUGCUAUGCAAUUGAGAUCCCUGAGCAAAAUAUUUAUAUAGAAUACCCUGAUGUGGCUCUUACUGUGGCUUAUGAGGCACAAAAUAAUGUUGGUAAGGAUUCUCAUGCUGUGUCUGCAAAGGCACAAAAUAAUGUUGGUGAAUAUAGUGAAAAGCGCAGGGGUAGGAAACCAAAAAAUUUGAGACAAAUAAUUGAGGAUUCUCAUGUUGUCUCUCCAAAGGCACAAAAUAAUGUUGGUGACUAUAGCCAGAAGCGCAGGGGUAGGAAACCAAAAUAUUUAGGACAAAUGGUUAAGAAUACUCAUGAUGUAUCCCCAAAGGCAGAAAAUCAUGUGGGUGAAUGCAAGGGCAGGGGUAGGGGUAGGAAACCAAAAGAUUCAGGACUAGUCGUGGUUAAGGAUUUUCAUGCUGUGUCUCAAAAAGCACAAAAUUAUGUUGGUAAGCGCAGGGGCAGGAAACCAAAUGGUUUGGGAAAACAUGCUGUCAAGGAUACCAAUGGUGACGGCAAUGCCAAUGUUGUGGACGUUUCUAAGGCACAAAACAAUGAUGGUAAAUAUAGCGGUAAGCGCAGGGGUAGGAAACCAAAAGAAUUGAGAAACGAUGCAAUUAAGGACUCUAAUGGCAGCUGCAAUGGCGGGGCUUCAGAGGCAAAGAAGAAUGAUGGUAAUGACAAGGGUACACUCAAAGGUGAGACACCACAAAAGAAUGAUCACAUAGCAAAGGGUGAUCACAUUCACCCUCCAUCUUGCAUAGAAAUAAAGGUAAAGGAGGAGAUUGAAGAGGAUGAUGAUGAUGAUUCACUCUGCAAAAGAAGGCGAAAGGUUCCAAGUUUGAAUUUGGAACAUUAUUGGCAUGAUGAUAAAGCCAAUGCAAUGAAACACACAAAGUACAGAGAAAAACUCAUGCAAGAGCUGGAGAAGCCUUACUGUGAGGAAGAGUAUAAGAGGCUUUUUAAAUAUAUGAAACAUAAAAAGCUAGUCGAAUACCAUAAAGAGCAUCGCAGCGGCCCUAGGACCUGUAAGAGAAAUUAUCUUGGGAAAUCUCUUCUUAAUCAUCAUGUUGAUCUGAACAAAAAACUAAAAUCAGUUCGUGGUGAUUAUCCUAAACGUCUGACCCUCUUACGUGGAUUUGUUUUUUGGUUGACGCAUUGUGCGGAUAAUGAGGCGUUCAAGCCAUGGAUCUAUCCCGAAUAUUGUAAGCCGGCACUUAAGGUGUAAGAAGUGUUAUCUGAUGUAUAUGGUCAUGUUUAUUGCAUGUUUUACAUGGCGCCUCAGAAAGAGUAAAGGUUUUAAGAGCUAGUUUGUUAACUUUAUCAGUUAUUUAGUUAACUUGAUCUAAAAGUUUCAUAUAAUUUAGUUAACUUGAUCUAGAAGUUUCAUAUACAUGUACUUAUGUAUGUAUAUAAAACACUAACAUUAGCUUUGGUAGAAGAUGAGAUUAUCAUUCCUACUUUUAAUACACUUCAAACAUUUCGAUU